AGGUUAUGGAGCCAUGCCGAAUGGGGGAUGAUACACGUAUGGACGUCUGGCUGUAGAUAGAGGUAAACACUUUCCGUUUAGCACGGCCGAUGCACCUGACAAACGUUCAAGUGCCUUCGCGUCCUAAGAGCGCGUUAAUGCAUUGCUGGGCUACAUUUACAGUGGUUAAUUAUUUGUAUUGAAGCUUGCUUAAGGCGAAUACGCUAUACUUGUCGGCGCUUUACAUCGCCGCACCACCGAAGUUACCGGAGCUGCAUAGAGUAACCCCAUACAAAUGGAAGCGUUUUCCUGUGUGUUACGAGCAGUACGGCGCCGCUCACAGCGCCUAGCAUGCCUAACGUCGCUUGCGGAAACGAGUCCUCACGAAGGGACUCCAUCCCGCUUCUUCUCUUUGGCUGGAAGCGACACUCGGCUUUAUGGCAGCCUUGCAAGCUUGGACGCCCCCUUAUCCUCCUCUGCUGCCUCUUCAUCGCUGACGGCAAGAUUACGUCCUAGUUUGCGCGCUUGCAGCAGUACGGCAGCAGCGCCUUACUCUGGCAGCAGCAGCAGCGGCUCCUGUCUCCUCCCGUCCUCCCACAAUACCGUCCAGGCGCACUCCUGCUGCAAUCUAAGACCCCUCAAACCACAAACCGACAUCACCACGAGCAGCGGCAGCAGCAACAGCAGCGCAAACAAUCACGUCAGCUGCAGCGCCAGCGCACUCAACCUUCACGCCAACACUAACAGAGGUGUUGCGGGAGUCAGUGUCCGAACCUUUCGGUUUGCAAGCGUAAUCAACCACGACAUCGGCUCCCUUCGGAGCUACAGCGGCAACAGCCACGAUACUCCUGCUGCUGCUGCCGCUGCUGCUGCUACUUCUGCCGGAAUCCAAUCCUUGUCCCCCGCCCUUGAGGCCCGGCUAAAGCAGCUCCGAGAGCGCUACCAGCAAUUAGAAAAGGUUCUGACAGGAGAAAGCGAAGGAGAGGGAGGAGGAGGAGGCAGCAGCGGCUCCUCGCUGCGUGAGGCAGGGAGGGAGUACUCACAGUUGCGACCGUUGGUAGUGUCGUACGAGCAGUUGCUGAAAGUACGACAAGAGCUGGGUGAUCUGACAGGGCUGCUGCGCGACCCCGACCCCGCCGUGCGGGCCAUGGCGGAGGAGGAGCGGCUGCAGCUGAGCAGCCAGUCCUCCCGGCUGGUCCGGCGGCUGCUGCUGGCGCUGCUGCCUCGCGACCCACGGGUCACCCGGCCGGCGCUGUUGGAGCUACGGUCGGGCGCGGGCGGCAACGAGGCGGCGCUGUUUGCCGGGGUACUGUACGACAUGUAUCUGCAGUUCGUACAGUCCCGAGGUUGGUCCUGGCAAGUCAUGGAGCUGACGGCAAGCGAGGUGGGCGGAAUACGACAUGCCGUCAUCGCCGUAUCCGACCCAGCCGCCCCCGCGGGCGGCGGCGGCGAUGACGCCGGCGGCGGCGGCAGCGGCUUUCCCGGCGACGACGACGACGGCGAGGAGUACGACAGCAGCGGAGGCGGUGUGUACGGCACCCUGGCCCCCGAGAGCGGCGUACACCGGGUGCAACGGGUGCCCGUCACGGAGGCGAUGGGGCGGGUGCACACCAGUACGGCAUCCGUGGUGGUACUGCCGCAAGCGGAUGAGCUGGACGUGCGGCUGCGUGAGGAGGACCUGCGCAUCGAAACCAUGCGCGCCAGCGGGGCGGGCGGGCAACACGUCAACGUGACGGACAGCGCCGUACGCAUCACGCACCUGCCCAGCGGCCUGGUGGUCAGCGCACAGAACGAGAGGAGCCAGCACCUCAACCGCGCGGCGGCACUAAAGGUCCUGCGCUCGCGUCUGUUCGACCUGGAGUCCCAGAAGCGUGCUCGCGAGGUGGAGCAGCAGCGCAGCGCACUGUUGGGGUCGGGGGAGCGGAACGAGCGCAUCCGGACUUACAACUACCCGCAGGGUCGUGUGACGGACCACCGCAUCCACCUCACCCUGCACGACCUGUCCUCCGUGCUGUCGGGCGGCGAGGGGCUGCAGCGGCUGAUGGGCGCCAUGCGGGCUGCUCGGCAGGAGGAGGCGCUGAGGAGGCUGGCGGAGGAGGGAGGCAGCGGCAGCAGCAGCUAGGGAGAUAUAUAUUCCGAAUUAGGCUGGACUUUAGUUGCUACGGGGGUAAAAAGAAAUUCCAAUGUGUGUUGUGAUAAUGAUACAAGCUGCUACGGGGGGGAGAAUGAGGAGUGAGGCACAGUCCCGUGAUCUGUCUCACGCAGUGCAAAAACGCAGGAACCGAAACUACACUCCAGGG